GAUGAUCCUGCUAGUGGGGGUUAAACGCUAGCACAUGUCGGCGCAUGUCUAUGUUAUUGAUAGAACCGGUUCGUUCCUGUAACCCUGCUAGUGGGGGUUAAACACUAGUAAUUCCUGUAGCCUGCCAGUGGGAGGUUUAAACACUGGCCGUGACCCAUAGAGGAGACGUCUAUUUCGUGCCCGUACUGUAUCUGUUUUCGUGAUUACACUUGUUGGCAUGCUAUGACUUUAAUUAACGGUUUGUCAUGAAACGCUUUGUUAUUGAACUGAAUCUGAUUUCUGCAUUGACGGUUUUGUCAUUGAACGUUUUGUUAUUGAACCGAAUUUGAUUUCCGCAUUAACGGUUUAUUAGUGAAAGUUCUGUUAUACUUACAUGGUUUAUCUGGCAUGCUUACAUUUUUACCCAAGGGCUAUCCAUAUUUACUUAUUGAGUUAUCUCAUAGUUUUCCUUGUCCACCAUUUCAGGAAGCGAAACCGAGGACGGGGAAACCGAGGGGAGUGACGAGUUAGAAGGCUAGCCAUUUUGUAAAGUGAAUAUAGAUUUGAGAUAUAGAUCAUGAUCUUGUAAACUAAAGUUUAAUCGGAGAUUUUAUACAUUCAUUUAAUGGAUUGUUAGUUUACAAGAGAUUUGAUUUGGAGGUUUUGAGAUUAAGUCAUGUUGGACAUAGAAAGAAAUUUUGAAAGAUCGGAUUUGAGUUAUUUGAUUGUCAGAUGUGAAUUGGAUAAGUUCCGAGCCUUGUGUACUUGUGGGACUUGUCUCACGAGUGUACGGCGUCUGUCGUGCCUCGAAUUCGGGUUUUGGGGCGUGACACUUAACUUGAAAAAGAUCUUUGUUGUUGAUAGAGUACUAUCUUGGAGAAAAUGGAGGUUCGUUGAAUUUCAAUGCUGUCAAUUCUAAAAGGGAUUAUGCACUUUAAAGAUAAAUGUUUAAUCUUAUA